AUGACAAGAAGAUAUUGGAACAUCAAUUUGGAAGAGAUGAUGGAAGCGGGAGUUCAUUUUGGUCACGGUACUCGGAAAUGGAAUCCUCGAAUGUCGCCUUAUAUCUCUGCAAAAUGUAAAGGUAUUCAUAUUAUAAAUCUUACUAGAACUGCUCGUUUUUUAUCAGAGGCUUGUGAUUUAGUUUUUGAUGCAUCAAGUAGAGGAAAACAAUUUUUAAUUGUUGGGACAAAAAAUAAAGCAGCUGAUUCAGUAGCACGGGCUGCAAUAAGGGCUCGCUGUCAUUAUGUUAAUAAAAAGUGGCUUGGGGGUAUGUUAACGAAUUGGUCCACGACAGAAACGAGACUUCACAAAUUCAGGGACUUGAGAAUGGAACAAACGGCAGGGAGACUCGCUCGUCUUCCAAAGAGAGAUGCGGCGGUGGUGAAGAGACAAUUAUCUCACUUGCAAACAUAUUUGGGUGGGAUCAAAUAUAUGACAGGGUUACCGGAUAUUGUAAUCAUCGUUGAUCAACAGGAAGAAUAUACGGCCCUUCGAGAAUGUAUUACUUUGGGAAUUCCAACUAUUUGUUUAAUUGAUACAAAUUGUAACCCGGAUCUCGCAGAUAUUUCGAUUCCGGCAAAUGAUGACGCUAUAGCUUCAAUUCGAUUAAUUCUUACCAAAUUAGUAUUUGCAAUUUGUGAAGGCCGCUCUAGCUAUAUAAGAAAUCCUUGA